AAUAAAUUAGCUCAAAAGUCCCGGAUAUUGAAUUAUUUGGAAAUUUUCCCAACCUGACUGCUAACGUCGCACAUAUUUACAAAUUUCAAGCGAUCCUCAAGAGUUUCCUGUGCCUGAGAUGGAGGGGGAACACACUGUCCCAGUGGGACCCCCAGACUAUGUAGAAAAUGGGGACCACCAAGAAAAUCAAAACAACCAAGGGAAUCCAGACAACUAUGAAAAUCCAGAAAAUAAAGAGAAUGCUAAAUAUAAGGACAACCAAGAAGAUAAUGAGAGUGAUGAAAACCAAGAAGAGGAAUAUGGUGAAGUUAUCCAACUUGAAACAGAAACAAUACCAGAAUUGGAUGAUUUGAAUAUACCUGACCAGAAAACACAGGAAAUGAAUGAAAUAUUUAAAAAGUUCAUUUACGUGCAAUUAAAAAAUGAUCAUCAGAUUCAAGACAUUAUUCCAGAAGGCGGAGGUGAGCUCCAGUCCAGCAGACCUGGCGUAGAAGAAACAUUAAGAGUUGCCAGACAUCUUGCUACACUUGGGGAUGAUCUGGGCACAAGAUAUGAUGCUCAGUUUACAGAAAUGAUUAAUGCCAUCCCAAUGUCUCCACAAACAGGGAGAGAAGCUUUCAUUGGCAUUGCUAGACAGCUUUUCAGUGAUGGUGUUGUGAAUUGGGGUAGAAUAGUAACUCUAAUGGCAUUCAGUGGCCGUCUCAGUGUCCAUGCAGCUCGUCAGGGGUCCGCAGCAAUGGCACAUAAUAUAAGUGGCUACAUGACAAGGUUUUUUGUACAAGAAGACAUCCCUAAGUGGGUGGAUGAUCACGGAGGCUGGGAAAAUGCUUUUAACAUGGGGUCGAAGGAAGAGGUAACAUUUGAUGUGCUACUAGAUAGACCAGAGUACUUAGAGGCUUACCAAAGGGCAAGAGAGGAGGGAACCCGUCAUGUUUAUCAGGCUAGGGUAAUGAUUGUUGGUCAAUAUGGUGUAGGGAAAACUAGUCUAAGGAAGCGCUUGUUGGAUGAAGGUUUUAGCAAGCAGUACAAGAUCACUGAUGGCAUACAAGUGGACCCCUCAGCCUGCUCUGUAGAUAUCAAGAAUUCUGUCAUUUGGAAGACUAAGGCAAAAGGGUUUAAAGCAGGAGAAGAUACAAAUGACCCUUUAGAAGUUUACGAGAGUGAAGUUGCUAAAAAUUUAUGGCACGCUUUCAAUGAUGGAACAUCUGUGGAUGGUCCCGUGAUUCCUGUUUCUCAAGGUGCUAAAACAACUAAUGGACUGAAACCUAAGGAGUCUCGUAAAGGUACAGAUACCAUUGACAAUGUGAUAACAAAAGAGCAUGUCACUCCUGUGAAUACAGAUAAGCCUGGAACAAGCUCAGAUUACAACAAUAGCACCAACAAUAGAGAGACUCUCAGAACUGAUGGUGACUCUAGUGCCCCAGACUACAUAUCAAAGAUACCUGAGAGUAUUAAGAACAAGUUUCUGAGUUUAACCGAAGAUGUCACAAAGCAGAUUCGUCAACUUGGUGGACUGAAUGGGGAUUCAUCUGAAGAUGAGAAGCAGUUGAAGUUAUCAUUCUGGGACUUUGGCGGCCAACAUGUCUUUUACACAACGCACCAGACAUUCUUGACUAACAGAGCCAUCUAUCUGUUAGUUGUGGACCUCACUAAGGACCUGGAUGAGAAAGUUGAGACAUUCAGACAGUCCCGUUCAGGGACGAAACUUGACACUACUGCUCCAGAGACUGUCAAAGACUACCUUGACUACUGGUUGAAUUCAAUUCACACUCAUGCUGGGAAGUCAUCUUCUGGGUCAGAAUCUCUGAGUCCACCUGUCAUAGUUGUAUGCACACAUAAAGAUGCUGUCAGUAUGGAAUAUCACAUGAAGCAGCCAUACAUGUCCAGAUUUAAAGCAUGGUGGCAAGGAGCUGUACUCUAUGACACAGAACAACAGUCGCAACAUAUAGAGAACUAUUUUCACAAGAUAGAUAUGAACCUACAAGACAAAGUUUACUAUCGUCAUGUCUGCCCAAGAUACUUCGCCGUUGAUAACCAAUACAACGGAGAUCCAGAGCUUGACUGUCUGAAGAAAAUGAUCGUAAAACUCGCAGAAGAUCAAGGAUUCUGGGGGCAGGAAGUACCCAUUAAGUGGCUGGUGCUUGAGAAGAAGCUCCGUGAAUUCAAAUUGGAAACCCCUGAUCGAAAGGCACGGCAUUUUCUUGAGUUUGAUGAAGUGGCAGAGAUUGGUUUCAAGGAGGGUAUGGACGAAGACUCAGUCAGAGCUUGUUUGGGAUUUUAUCACUCUGUGGGAGACAUGAUUUACUUCAAUGAAAUCAACCUCAAUGAUCUGGUGAUACUGGAUCCUCAGUGGUUGAUUGAUGUUUUCAAAAGCAUUAUAACAGUACCAGAAUUCCACAGGGUUGUAAGUGGGAGUGGACGGAACAGCCGUAUCUACUGGGAGAAGCUUGAUAAAGAAGGACUGCUCGAGGAGGAGUUGAUUGACAUUGUAUGGGAAGAGCAAAAUACUGAGAUAUCCAAUCACAAAAAAGUAUUGAUAGAAUUUAUGCAAAAGUUUGACUUGAUUUGUCCAUUGAAAAAUAACCCAGGAUAUAGUCAAAAGAAACGACAGUUCUUUGUGCCUUGUUUGCUGCCUAAGCCGGAACCUAGUGAUAUAAUUAAAGACAAACCAUUAGCUGGCCCUACAAUAUUCUACCAAUUUACCUUCCUCCCCAAUGGACUCUUCCAUAGACUAGUUGCCAACAUCUGUCUUGAAAAGAGCUGGCCUUUAUAUGGGAAAAACGUGUUCUUUGAUUACGCUAGAUUUGAAGUUGGUAAAGGGGCUCAUGUGUUAACGAUCCUAGCCCAAGACAAUCACCUGGAAUUAAAAAUUCAUACCUUAUCCGAUGAUGUAACGGAUAAGGACAAUAACUUUAUGUGUAUGAGGAUACGCAAGGAUAUAGAGGCAAUGCUGAAGUCCACGAUACAGAAGUAUUGUCCCAGUGCAGGCUACAAGGUAUCUGUGAGGUGUAGAUGUCCUGGGGUGCCAGAAGAGAACCAACUCAUCGUGCCUGUAUCCGAGAUGGAUAUCAUCUUAAGCCAAAAUAAGCUGUGUGAACUUCAUCACAAUACCAUUAAGCUUCAGUCGUAUGAACUAUGGUACCAAACUGUACAAAUCUUCAAACCAGUGCCAACUAAACCAAAGGAAGCUAAACCCAAACCAACAAGAAAGAAGUCAAGUAAAAAGUCCAAAAAACAAAGACCAAGUGAUACAGAUGAUGAGCUUUCUGCCUCAGACUCUGACUCAGAUGGCUCUAAUCUAGAAGAUACUGACAGUGAAGACAAUGAAGAUGAUGGUGAACUUCAUGUCCACAAAUCUACUCAAAAAUUCUACAAGAAAUGGUAUAACCACAAAGGGGCCUAUUGCAAUAUUUCAAUGCCAAGAGGGCGGUGUUUAAUCAUCAAUAACUACACCUUUAAACCGAAAAUGUCAAACCGUGAUGGCACAGAGCACGAUUUGAAGAGACUUAAACAACUAUUCAAAAUAUUCAAAUAUACAGUUGUUGUGAAAACUGAUCUUACUGCUGGAGAUAUACGAAAAGUAUUAAUUGAAGAAAGAAAUCGCAGCAUACAUGCCAUGUAUGAUUCGUUUGUUUUGGUGAUUCUCUCACAUGGCACUGUGGAUGCUGUAUAUGGUGUGGACAAAGAAACAGUACCAUAUAAGGAGAUUUACAACUUCUUCAAUGGGGAGAACUGCAAAAAUCUAGUCGGCAAACCCAAAAUCAUCAUAAUCCAAGCUUGUCAAGGCAGUAAGAAGGAUGAUGGAGCUGUUGCCGAUGGUGACGAGGAUGAGAACAUUGAUGAUAUAGACUCAAGCUCUCCCCCUGAACCAACUAUUGAAUCGGCAUCAAUGGAUGAGGCUCCAACACCUCUAGAUGAGGUAGACAGUCCUGAUGGAGCACAGAAAUCCCCAACCAUGGCAGACUUCUUCAUAGCUACUGCUACAACACAAGAUUAUGUGUCUUGGCGUAAUAAAGAAACAGGAACCUGGUUCAUACAAGCCUUGGUGCACAUUUAUAGAAAGUAUGCCAGCAGAAAGGAUAUAAAUACUAUGUCUACCAAGAUCAACAAUGUUGUUGCAUCAAAUACAAGUAUGUCUGGCAAGAAACAAAUUCCAAGUUUCAACAACCAGCUGACAAAAGACUUUUAUUUCUUCCCUGGACACUGAUACCAUUGGAAAGCUGAACUAACUAACUUGAUAUCAUUGGAAUAAUGUACACUGAUACCAUUGGAAAGCUGAACUAACUAACUUAUUAAGAGCUAACUGAUUGAUACCAUUGGAAAGCUGCACAUUGAUAUCAUUGGAAUGAUGUACACUGAUACCAUUCUAAAGCUGAACAUUGAUGCCAAUGGAGAGAGGGGUGAUCAAGAACUAAUAGAUUGAUCUUGUAUGAAUUGCUUGUGAAACACUGACACAUAGCAGAUAUA